AUGGGUUCAGGUUUAUUAGUUGCAGCUCAAGAUGCUACAGAAGAUGAGGAAGCUGUGGAAGAUACAGUAGUUGAAGAUGAAGAUGAUGAAGCUGAAGUUGAAGAAGAUGAGCCAACAGACUUGACAGAAGAAAAAGAGGAAGAAGACUUAUCAGGAGAACCGAAAGCCUCACCUAGUGCUGAUACAACCAUCUUAUUUGUGAAAGGUGAAGACUUUCCAGCAAACAACAUUGUAAAGUUUCUGGUGGGCUUCACUAAUAAGGGGACAGAGGAUUUCAUUGUGGAGUCUCUCGAUGCCUCUUUCCGGUAUCCUCAAGACUACCAGUUUUAUAUCCAGAACUUCACAGCUCUCCCUUUGAACACAGUGGUUCCACCACAGAGGCAAGCCACGUUUGAGUACUCAUUCAUCCCUGCCGAGCCUAUGGGUGGUCGUCCUUUUGGACUAGUUAUCAAUCUCAACUACAGAGAUGUAAACGGCAAUGUGUUUCAAGAUGCUGUCUUCAAUCAAACUGUUACAAUUAUUGAAAAAGAAGAUGGGCUGGAUGGAGAAACGAUCUUCAUGUACAUGUUCCUUGCUGGACUUGGUCUGCUUGUCAUUGUUGGCCUACAUCAGUUACUAGAAUCUAGGAAGAGGAAAAGACCAGUACAGAAAGUAGAGAUGGGAACAUCAAAUCAGAACGAUGUUGAUAUGAGCUGGAUUCCUCAAGAAACUUUAAAUCAAAUAAUGCAAAGUAGAAGAGAUAAAGCUUCACCAAGGAGGUUGCCCUACAAGAGGGCACAGAAGAGAGCAGUGGGCUCCGAUGAGUAAAUGUUAACUAGUACAACACUUGAACCUUUACUAAUCCUGCCUGUUGGGUUUUUUGGAUUGGAGUAGUGCAGAGAAUCCGUAUCACCAUAAGGAAAAUACUGCUAAACAUUUGGACUGAACAAAUUAACUGAACGGUGUUCAUAUUGCUGAAAAUGCACUUCUCUUGGUUUUUUGUUAAUUGGUUGGGGGGUGGGAGGAAGCAGCCAUUAAGAUUUGUGCUUGCGUGUGUAAGCAGUUGGUCUUAACAGAACCAUGUUACCUGAAAUGUGCCUUUAGAGUUCUUUGUUAUGCUGGCUUGUCAUCUGUACAUGCUUUGAAGGAUGAUUCUCCUCCCCCCUAAUCUGAAUGUCUAGUGACUUAAUCUGUCUUGAUUGUAUCAUACCUGUAUCAGAAUCUGUAUGCAUCUUUCUUUUCCAGUAACUUGAUUCUCUACAGUGUGCACACUGAAGUUGGUGUGUGGGGUCCAAUUUCAGUUGCAAGGUGCUGAUUGUCUAGAUUUCUGCAUCGUUUGCAUUCUAAAGGCACAAUUGGGUAUAGCUGCUCAUAGUGGUAGAUAUUGUGCUGCUGUUUUGAUCUGGGCAUGCAGUGACCUCAAAAUCUGAACUUAUCUGCAUAGAUGUUAGGAAAACUCUUACACAGCAGCAAAACUUGUGAAGCAUGGAAUUUGUGUGCUGAAUUGGUAUUACUACAUAAAUUUUUUUAUACCCAA